UCGAUUGGCUCAGUCAUUCCAUUGCAAGCUGCGACCACGCACGGAUCGAUCGAAACAUUUUUUCGCUAUAUUUCCUUCCGCGGUAUAUCCUCGGUGGUGAUCGACGAUUCACUUCAACCGUUUUCACUUCUCUCCUCCUUUGUUUCAAUCAUCUUUCUUUUCUUUCGUUUUCUUUCUUUCUUUUUUUUUUCUCUCUCUCCCCUCUCCCCCCUCUCCCCGCCCCCCCUGCCUCGUUCAAUUAAAAUGGAUAUCAGGAUGUUGGCAUUGGUCUUGCUAGUCAACGUGGUUGGAUCGCUCGCAGACUUACGUUCCCCCCUCUUCAGACCACGAAGAAAUGGAUUGCGGGAAGAUAUCACGGAUCAAGCUGGGAUAUCGAGGACGAGAAAACGGGAAACCACCGCCUCCCCUUCCGUUUCCACCUUGCACCUCUACACGUUGAUCCCGCCCCCCGAUCCAACCGCGAGUCCGGCUCCCAACGAGAGCCCCCAGGACAAGCCAGGGCCCAAAGCCAGAUCGAACAGCUCCCCGAAGAGCAUGGCUCGGAGAUCGACGAACGAGCCGAAUUCGAGCACCGAGUCCAACAAUCCCAAGUCGAAGGGUGCAACCCAGUCGCCCGAGGAUGAUCCGUCGAUCGAUUCGAGGCCGAGGAGGCCGGCGCCGAAACCGGGCGGUCGAUCGAGCACACCGAGGUCCCCGAAACCGACGACGAGCCGAACCGAUCCGGAGGACGAGGGAGCCGUGACGAGGCGGCCGGCCGGGGCCGCCGAUUCGGGGAGACCGAAGGACGAGUCCGAGCCGAAGGCGAGGGGGGGGAAGCCGAGGGCGAAGGCGAGGCCCGCCGAUUCCGAGGAAAACCCAGAACCGAGGGGAGGGAAAAGGACGGAUUCCGAGGAGGAGCCUUCUACGAGGCGGUUGUCCAAUCUGAGGGAGAGGCCGAAGGCGAAACCGAGGGACUCCGACGAGGAAAUGGAGGAGGAGGAGGAAGAGGAGGAGGAAAAGAGUCGACGGCCGUCGAACGAGCCGACGAGAAAAGCGAAGAGGCCGAAGGGAAAACCGGCUGGGUCCUCCGAUCAAGAGUCCGAGGAGGCCGUCGAUUCGAGAGCGAGGGGGAAACCGGCGAUCGGGUCCCGUUUCGACGAGCCGGACGACGACGAGGAGGAGGAAUCGAAGGGGAAGCAGAGGGCUGAGAAAUCCAAGUCGAAUCGAUUUCCGAUGGACAGUCUUCAGAAUCCUCAGAAUUUCCAAUUCCCGCCGUUCUUCGUGCCUUCCUUCGUUCCUGGCUUCUCCUCGCCCUACACCAACCCGUACAGCCCGAACGCGUGGGCUGGCUCCAACGGCGGGUCGAGAGGUUACGGAGCUGGAGCAGGAGCGGCGUCUUUCGCCUCGGCCACCGCCUCGGCCGGGGCCCCCGAUUUAACCUCGAAUUAUAACGCUUAUCCUCAAGGGGGAUAUCCAGGAGGAUACGGAGACACGUCGAACAUGGUCAACGCACCUACACCAGGCGUGUAUAACAGUGGGGGAUAUGGUAGCUAUGGAGGAGACGUGUACGAUCCCAGUUCGUUCGCCUUUCCUGAUUACAACUUUGCCGAUUUCCAGAAGCAAAUGGAGGAAAAUUUCAGACAGUUGCAAGCUCAAUUCCAGAAACAACAACAAUCGCUCUUCGACGCGACGAACCGCAUAGCCGGUGACCCGAGCUCCAUACCCGGUUUGCACAGCGCUGUGUCCAGCAUUAAUCUGGGACCGGAAGGUGGUUAUCAAGCUGGCGCGAUCAAUCCAGUUAGACCAGGCGUGGAAUCAAGAUUUGGCGAGGAAGUGCCUCCGCCGUCUGGAAACAGCUUUGGGGUGUUCUCCAGCUCGAGCUCGCACACCAUGGUUGGCCCGGAUGGGAAGACUAUCUCCCAUAAAUCUUCCACCACGGGUGUAAACGACAAUGGAAAAAUUACUUUCCGAACAAUCGAGGAUUAAAUUCAUUCAAAUUAAGAAUUGGCACAAAUGUUUCCGUUUCCGCCUCUUCUCCAAGUUUCUCUGUAACGUCGGGAUAAUUAUAAAACAAAAUUCUUAAAUAUCUUCUAUUUGUUUAUUAAAUAUACGUAAAGUGAUUAUAUUGAUAUGAAUA